AUUGGCAGCCUCUCCGGCGCCGCAGUGCUGGGGCUGCCGCCUUCCCCACGGCGUGGCCCCGGUGGUGUCCUGGGGGUGAGGGCCAGCGGGUGGCCCUGGGUGACAGCAGACAGCCUGUCCGACCGAUGGGGCUGGCGCUGGGACACAGCAGAGCCUGGCCGAGGAGCUGCUGGUGCAGAGCAGAGCCGUGGUGGCACGGGGACGGGCGGAGAGGAGGCUUGUCCCGCUGCCACACCGAGCGGUCAUCACCCACGGGGCUGUCACCUCGUGCCGCUCCUGCCUGGGUGCCCCAGGGGGUGCAGGUUUCCAGCAUGCGGCCCUUGGACCCUCGUAGUCUUCCUCUUUUCUCCUGGGUGGGUGCUGGUGGCGCGGGACGGGUCCGUUUUACAGCCUCGUUCAGAGAAAAAGCAGAAAAAGCAGAGGUAGGUGGUGGCGGCGCAUUGGGUUGCAGUGGGCAUGCAGAGCCCGGGCUGCUGCUGUGCUCCACGCUCAGCCCCUGCUGUGCCAGAGACAUGUCCCCGGUCCUGGGCACCCCCUGUCCCUCCUGCCAUUGUCCCAUAGCUGGCAGGGGGCUUUGUCCCCGCUGUCCCAUGCGGGGUGAGCAUGAGAGCAGAAGGGGUGGUGGCACUGGUCCUUAACGGCAAGUGGUGCUGGGCUGCAUGCGCCCGAGAGGAGAAAAAGUGCAGAGAGAAGAGGAAAGGAGAGAAGAGAGGACAGGACAGGACAGGACAGGACAGGACAGGACAGGACCAAGGGCUGAAAAACAGCUGGGAAGGCGCUGGGCGCACAGCUGGUCCCCAGCGUCCUGAGGCCACUGCUGCAGAAACUGGGGACGGGGCAGGGCUGGGACAAAUCCUGCAGGGCAGGGCGAGCGUGGCUGCGGGGAUGGAGCGGGUGUGCACGUGUGUGCACGUGUGUGUGAGCUGGACAAGGGGGGAGCCACCUCCUGCAGCCCCUCUCCACCUGCCAGGAGCUGCUGGAGCCAGGGCUGGGGAAUUUAGCGAGGCCCUGCCCCGGCCCAGGGCGGCAGCCGCCUGCCUGCCCGUCGGGGAAUGCCAGAGCCCGGCUUAUCUUUUGUCUGGAACAAUAGAGGGCUCGGCCCUAUUGUUCUACCUUGCACGCCCAGCCGGAAAGCAAGUCCCCUGGGGCAGGGGCUGCACAGGAGCUGCCUCUGGGGCUGCUCAGCGUGGGGGGAUUUGCUGGCAGAGCUGCCACAGACACGGACACAGACACGGACACGGACAUGGACAUGGACAUCCCCAUCCCCACGGGCUCGGCAGGAUGUCCAUGAGGAGCCCCGUUUCUCCCCACCUGGAGCUCGAUGGGGCGGGCAGCAUGGUGAACUGCACCAUCAAGACGGAGGAGAAGAAGGAGGGCGGCUACGAGUCCCCGCCGGGGGCUGCCCCCAGCGCCGAGCCCCGUCCCAGUGACCCCCCGGGACCACCGCCGAGGGAGGCCACGGACCCCCAGGCCCUGCCGCAGGAGUCCCACUCGCCUGCCAGUGAUGUGCUGGAGCCCCGGCGCUCGGCCUUCGAGCCGGCUGUCAGCAGCCAGGAGAAGCUGGACUUCAACAAGAACUUAAAAGAGGUGAUGCCAACCAUCGAGAAAUUGCUGUCCAGCGACUGGAAGGAGAGGCUGCUGGGCCGAAACGCUGCCGAGACCAAAGAAGUGAAGGGAACCCAGGAGAGCCUGGCGGAGAAGGAGCUCCAGCUCCUCGUCAUGAUCAACCAGCUGUCCACGCUGCGGGACCAGCUCCUGACGGCGCACUCGGAGCAGAAGAACAUGGCCGCGAUGCUCUUCGAGAAGCAGCAGCAGCAGAUGGAGCUGGCGCGGCAGCAGCAGGAGCAGAUCGCGAAGCAGCAGCAGCAGCUCAUCCAGCAGCAGCACAAAAUCAACCUGCUGCAGCAACAGAUCCAGCAGGUCAACAUGCCGUACGUCAUGAUCCCCGCCUUCACCCCCAGCCACCAGCCUCUCCCCGUGACGCAGGACCCCCAGAUAGCGCUGCCCAUCCAGCCCAUCCCUUGCAAACCAGUGGAUUACCCCGUGCAGCUGCUGCACAGCCCCCCUCCUCCCACGCUGAAGAGACCCAGCGGCUCGAGCCACCUCCAGAUGCAGGAGACCUCGCAGCCGCUGAACCUGACGGCCAAACCCAAAGGCUCCGAGCUUCCCAGUGCCUCCAGCUCGCCCAGUUUGAAGAUGAGCAGCUGCCAAUCCCUCACGCCGAGCCACGGGGCCGCGAGGGACCUGCAGACCAGCCCGUCCAACCUGCCUCUGGGCUUCCUGGGCGAAGGCGAUGCCAUCACCAAAGCCAUCCAGGAUGCACGGCAGCUGCUGCAUGGCCACGGCGGGGCCAUGGAGGGCGCGCUGAGCCACCCCUACCGCAAGGAUCACGUCAGCAUUGACACUUCCCCGGUGAAGGAGCGGCUGGAGGAGGCCCCCGCGCACCGCCUGGACGAGGCGCUGCUGACCUGCGAGAUGGACGGCUCGCGGCACUUCCCCGAGUCCAGGAACAACAACCACAUCAAGCGGCCCAUGAACGCCUUCAUGGUGUGGGCGAAGGACGAGAGGAGGAAGAUCUUGCAGGCCUUCCCGGACAUGCACAACUCCAGCAUCAGCAAGAUCCUGGGCUCCCGCUGGAAAUCCAUGACGAACCAGGAGAAGCAGCCCUACUACGAGGAGCAAGCCCGGCUGAGCCGGCAGCACCUGGAGAAGUACCCCGACUACAAGUACAAGCCCCGGCCCAAGCGCACGUGCAUCGUGGAGGGGAAGCGGCUGCGCGUGGGCGAGUACAAGGCGCUGAUGCGGAACCGGCGGCAGGACGCGCGGCAGGGCUACUUGAUAGGGCCCCAGGGCAGCCAGAUGCCCCCCGCCUCCUCAGACGUGCUGUACCCGCGGCCGGUGGGCAUGCAGCUAACGCCCCCCCUGAUGGAGCACUACCUGCCCCGCAGCAUGGACCCCAACAUGCCCGUCAUCGUCAACACGCGCAGCCUCAAGGAAGGCGACGGCGGGGACGACGGGCACUCGGUGGCCGACGGCGAGAUGUACCGCUACAGCGAGGACGAGGACUCGGAGGGCGAGGACAAGAGCGAUGGCGAGCUGGUGGUGCUGACGGACUGAGGGGGGGCCGGGCGGGGGGCAGGCAAGGCUGGCGGCCCCCCCACGGGUUUGGGAUGCGCUGGGAGCAGAGGAGGAGCUGCGAUGGGGAGGGCAGGAGCUGCUGCUGCCGCCACCUGCCUUGCUGUCCGGGUGACCCCACGGAGCCAGCACCCGCAUUUUGGGGUUGCUGCCCUCGGGAGGUGAUGGAGCAGCGACGCACGCUGCCGGGUGUUUGGGUACAUGGCCGUGCCACCCCAAUGCGCACGGGGUGGCUGCUGCUGCUGGGAGCACGGCUCCACGGCUCGGCUCUGCACUCUGCUCGGGUGCCACCGAGCUGUCCCCUCCCUGCACCCCCCCCCCCCCCACCCCCCAGGAGGGGAUCGGGAUGUGGGAAAACCUCCCGAGCAUCACCCAGCCCUCCACCCCGGCACCCUAGGGACCCUUGCUGAGAGCCUCACCUGCGGCACCCGCCAGCCCCCCAGGACACGGGACGGGGACACGCUCAGCAGAGCCCCCCCCCCUACCCUGCCGCGUCUCCCUCCCGGCCGUCAGAGCCUGCCAGUAAAUUCCCACGGAGCCAAUUUUAGCUCUCGCCUGGCCGGAGCACGAGCCAAGGUCUCUGAGGAGCUCUUUAUGCUCCCGACAGCCCUGGCCCACUUUGUAAAUAAAGCGGGGGCUGUUCCCUGCCUGCGCCACUGCCCCGGCCCCCCAGCAGCCCCUGGGUACGUGCCGUGAUGCCGGGGUGCAUCCCCGGGGGGGUUUUCUCCUCUCGCCCCAGCUCGGUGAGCUGCACCCGCGACCUGCAUCGCGCGAAAGAGGCGCAGGGGGAGAGAAAAACAGGGAUUUAAAAAAAGGAAAUUAAAAGAAAAAAAAAGGAAAGAAAAAAAGAAAAUUUUAAAAAUGAAA